AUGUUGGGGCGUUGUGUUUUUGCCGAUCAGACUAACCGUCCUAUUCUGACGCGAAAGUCGUUACCCCCCUUGGUUUCCCAGCCACUCGGUGGGAGGAACAAGACCCUUAAUGCUACUUCAAAAGGAAUUGAAGAGACACAGCAUAAUUUGGGGCAUGAUUUGACUGAGCGUUCUGUAUAUGUGCCUGAAUACAGUGCAGAAAUUGCGGAUUACCUUCUAGUCGCUGAAAGGAGUCAUUAUCGUGACCCAAGUUACAUGUCGAAUCAGCCCGAGGUAACGGAAAAAAUGCGUAUGAUUCUUGUGGAUUGGCUUGUUGAUGUGACCACAAAAUUUAAGCUUCAUUCUGAGACGUUUUACCUGGCCAUUGACAUUGUGGAUCGCUAUUUGUGUGCGAAAAAGGUAUGUCGGGCAAAGCUUCAGUUGGUCGGCAUCGCUUCUAUUCUCGUUGCCGCAAAACUCGAAGAAAUAUGGCCUCCGGGGAUUAAAGAUUGCAUAUUUAUUUGUGCAAAUACAUAUUCAGCAGGGGAAGUUUUUGGGAUGGAACGAGAUAUUGUUGUUACACUGCGAUUUCGAUUUACUGUUCCGACGACGUACCCGCUAGCUUGUCACUUUUUAGACUCUGGAAAUAAUGAAUCGAUGGUGCGUGACGCAACCUUUUUCUUUUUGGAGUCGGCUUCUCACAGCUAUGAAAUGCUGCAGUACUUGCCUUCCCGUGUUGCAGCCGCUUCAGUUGUACUUGGUCGCCUACUUGUGGCGUGGAAUCGUUGCGCGGAUCGUGCAGCCAUUUCACAAGAUAAACUAUGGGAUCGUGAGAUGAUUCAUGCUAGUCGGGGAAUCACACUAGACGAAACUUUUCCUGUGUUAGAGAUACUCUUGAGUUUCACAAAGAACCUAUCUUCUUCAUCUUCAAAACUGCAAGCCAUUCGUCGAAAGUAUCUUUCACAAAAAUUCACUAAUGUGGCUUCACUAGAGAUGCCUUUGCUUUCAACGGUCUUUUUGGCUUUGAAGAAAGUGCCGGAAUAA